AUGGUGACAACAAAAGGGAUACCUGGAAAAAGGAUGGAAGAGGGAAAAGUGGCUAUGAUGGCGGAAUGCCAUCGUCAUCAACGCAACACAACCGUCAGUAACAUUCAUUCCUUAACAUGUAAAGCUUUCCAGUUAUUAUCGAUGUUUCUUGUCGUUGCUGAUAAUGACGACGAUGAUAAUGAUGAUGUUGUUGUCAAUAUUAUUUUGUUGUAUGUUGUUAUAAUUGUUACUGCUUCUAUUGUUAUUACUGUUGCUGACCACGAUGAUGAUUAA